CCUAUUAUGUGGUUUUUCGUACAAAUGAUGUUAAGUUUGACUUGAAUGACUAAAUCAUUAUUAAAAUUAAUGAUAAUAUUAUCUACCCAAUAUCAAUUUAUUUGAACUUAAGAUGUACCUAUUCUACACAUAUUGAAAACAUGAAGCAGGUGAUUUCUUUGACAACACAUCUUAUUUGAACCAAUCAAUACCAAACCAAGUUUAUUAAGCAAUAUGGUUGACGGGGAUGCUGUAUAAAGGCGUCUGCUAGCCAGAAAGGAGAGAAAAGGGUUAGGAACACGACAUCGGUGAUUUUUAAAGAUAAAGAUGCAGUCAUUUUCGAUAAUGUACCUUGGCGUUGCAGUUGCGUUAGUGUGUAGCGUAUUAACAGAAGGAAGAUCGCUACCAAAAGGCUCUGUGGACGAUAAUCGCAUAGCAAAUUUCUUUAAGAGAAGGUGGAUACAUGUAGGUCCAACGAAAUCAAUUGACUCUGUGGAAGAUAACCGCGUGGCAAAUCUUCUGAGAAGGGAAGCUAAUGGAUUGCUCGCUGUGAAGUCAAAACGGAAUGAUGGGUACCCAGCUCCUACCCCCAGCUGGCUACGCGGGAGGUUCGGAAGGGCGACAGGUCGAUCAGCUUCAAAGGACUCUGUGGAGGAUAACCGUAUGGCAAAGUUUUCGUGGAGGAGGACGAUCGAGCUUAGAAAAAAGAAAUGUCUUAAAAAGAUAACGAAUAAUACUAAUAUUAUAACAUAACACAUGACGUCACCAGAAAUAAAAAUUGAAGAUAAUACAGAGCAUGUGGGUCAAUAGCGCCUGCGCUAAUGUUUAUUGUACAA